AUGGUCCGCUUGACGAUGAUCGCGCGGAUUUCGGACGGCCUGCCCCUGGCGGAGGGCCUGGACAACGACAAGGCGCUGGAGCUCGAGGAACACAAGCACCAGGCCAAGAAACUCAUGAAGCGCCUGUCGCAAGAGCGACAGACAGCGAGCAGGAUGUCCAUCGACAGUGGCAAAUUCUCCUUUCACAUUUUGAUCGAAGGCGUGGUGUGCUACAUGACGGUGGCCGAGAAGAGCUACCCGAAAAAGCUGGCUUUCCAGUACCUGGACGAGCUGCUCAACGAGUUCCAGAGGCUGUAUGGCCAGCAGAUAGAGACGGUGGCUCGCCCCUACGCCUUCAUAAAAUUUGACACAUUUAUUCAAAAAACAAAGAAAUUGUACUUGGACACGCGGACCCAGAGGAACAUGGCAAAACUCAAUGAGGAGCUGUCAGAGGUCCACCAAAUUAUGACGAAGAGCAUACAGGAGGUGCUGGGCCAGGGAGAGCGACUAAACAAAAUGGUGGAUGAUGGUCGGCGCUUAAAGGAGGACAGCAGUAUAUAUGCGAGGCGUGCCAAGGAUCUGCACACACAGGCCCUCAUUCGGAAAUGGAUGCCCCUUGGUGUUGUGAUUGCGGUGGUCCUGAUGGUCUUAUACCUCAGAUCUUUGUUCUACUGA